AUGGCGAUCAAACCAUCAUCAGUCCUCAAUUCGAAUCACCCUCUCACAUUCAUCUCAAGCGACUCUCACUGGGUCUUGAGGCUCAUCUUGGUAUUUUGUUCUACAGUCAAUCGAAAUGCGAAAGAUGUGCUCAAUCCGACCAUCACUUCUUGGAACAAACUCUGUCAUCCAUCGGCCAGUAGUAGCGAAAGUUCUCGAAGCACUCAUAGUACCAAUACGCAUCCAAGUGUGAUCAAUACCAACGAAGACAGUCUCGAACAAGACCUUCCACCUACCUUUAGUCCCACCAUACCCACUCAUACUUUUCAUGAGAGUGCUCCACUAGAUGUCACUCGAUUCGGUUUAGGCUUACCGAUCUCUCAACAUUUACAACCUACGAUCCAAGACAAAUGGGCAUCUAAUUUAACUGAUCCUAUUGAACAAUCUAGUGUUACAACAGAUGAUCAAGACCAUUCUAACCUUUUUGUAACUCAUCCUCAACUAACCCAUUCGCCUGCAGCUCUUUCGUCCGUCUUACCUCUUUCGCCAUCCAGUAGCUUACCACCAACUGGAUCCCAAUCAUCUGAAUCGAUUUCAUAUCCGAUUCAAGAUUCUACGGUCGAACCAUCCGAACAAGCAGCUGGAGCUACACCUUCCUAUCUCUUUCAAUCUUCACAUCAUUCUCCUACUCAUGGAUUCCAUCACCUUCAUCAUCAUCCUGCCACUCGAUCUGUCUCUAAUCCUAAUCGGAGUCAUAGUCAUCACAGUCUUCCAUUACCAUCACUGAUUCCUCCUACCCCACCAUCUUGUACACCAGCUCAUCUUUCUCAUCUGAUCUCACCACCUCAUCCAGGUCUUUCACUACCACCUUCUCCAUUACCUACACCUCAAUCUUCUCUGCUCUAUCAACAUCCAUUACCAUCUCGAUCAUCAUUUGCAGGACCACCUCCCUAUUAUUAUGGCCCGAAUGGAUUUCAUCCAAGUUUGAUUGGAUCUACUUCCUCAUCUGCUUACAGUUCAGGAAAUGGAUAUCCUUCAACAUUCUUCACAUCACCAUCACCAUACCAACCGUACCCCAACGGAAGCAGAUCUACCAGUCAUGGAUCCCCUAAUCUAAACCCAAGUUUUUAUGGAGGAAUGUAUUACACUUCCAUGUCAAAUAAAAAACAAACUCAAUCGAAAAGAAGAACAUCAGGAGUAGGCGUUCAAGCGAAUCCUUCUUCGUCUUUUAUACCACCACCUAGAAUGGAAUCAGAAGGAGAACAUGAGAUUGAGAGACUUAAGAAUCGGUUGAAGGGUAUGAGAGCUAAGUUGAGAGAAAUGGAAAUUGAAAGGUCUAGAAACGAAAGGGAAUUGGAAAUUGCUAGGUGGAGAUUGGAGUGUGUUGGAGUUGAAAAAUCUUUGGAAGAGAUUGAGACUCAGAAAGCUAUUCAUCAUUUUUUGGAAAGAGCUGAAAGAGCUGAAUCUUAUUUGAAGUUGUUGGAAAUGAAAUUGAGUAAUCCGGUUUCUACACCUUCUACUACUUCUUCUGUUACUCAUUUGGUUUUGACUAACAAAGAAGAAGAUGGAGAAGAUGGAGGGUUUUUGAGAGAUGAACUUGAGUUGGAGAUCGAGAGGGAGAGGGAGAGGGAGAUGGAAAGAGAAAUGGGGAUGAAGUUGGAGAUGGGCUUGGAGAAGCGAUUGGAGAUUGAGGAUGAGGUUGUGGAGAUGGGAAUGAAAUUGAUUGAAAAGAAUAUUAUCAUGGAUGAAAAUGAAGAUCAGAAAGAAGAAAAUGAGAAUGAGAAUGGUGAAGAUGGGAAUGAUGGGAAUGGGAAUCAAAAGAAAUGGCAAAUUGUGAAGGAAUUUGAUGUGGAUUUGUUGGAAAUUGAACUUGAUGAAUGA